ACAACCUCACUUUUUCCUUUUCCAAACUUAGAAAUUUUCGUGAGUUUGUUUAGAUAUUUUAAUUGUAUGUUGUAUAUGUAUAUCUAUAUUUGUGUUCUGUGUGUCUAAGUUUAAAAAGAAAAUUAAGUGGAGAAAACCCAUUUCUUGUUGAUAUGAUAUAGGACAAUAUUUAACAAUUUUCACUAAAAGAUUUUUGGAUGAAAUUGUUUGGUUAAGAGACACUAAAGAAAUGAGCUUUGGGGACACCUCAGAUGAUACCACUAGUGAGCAUGAAGCGACCACCACCACUACAACAAUUAAUAAAGUUAUUGAAAGAGCCAGUACAGGAAAUAAAACAGGCAGCCAUAAAUGUCCAGAGCCAGGGUGUCUUGCAACCUUCUCACGACCAUAUCGCUUAAAAAACCACAUCCAAUCUCAACACAAGGGGCUUAAACCUUACAAGUGUCAUAUUGAAGGGUGUGAGAAAAGCUACACCAAUGACUCCCAUUUGAAGAGACAUAUUGUAGUGACUCAUAAUGAAACAAAACAAUCAGAGGAACUGAUAUGCUCUGAGCCCCAUUGUGGACAAAUAUUUGCCAAUAAAUAUAGUUUAAAAAAACAUGUGAACCGAAAUCAUAAAAAUUUGUCUUUUAAUUGUGAUAAGUGCAGUGAGGGCUUUAAGCAUAAAAGCCAGUUACAUGCUCAUAAAGUUACUGUACAUAAUGAGGAUGCACCUUUCAAGUGUGAUAAAUGCUUGGAAAUGUUUGUGCAUCAGCAUGCUUAUAAUAAACAUGUGGCAAGGCAUAGAAGCUUUGAAUGUGAUUGUGGUGAAAUGUUUGAGAAAUGGUCAGAGAUAUGUAAGCAUAGGAGAACACAUUGCAAACUACCUAAGCAAAGUUAUAAAUGUGCCAUAUGUGACAAAACUUUCUUUUUUAAAAAGAAUUUGGCUUUGCACUGCAAGUUACACUUAGAAGAGAGUUACAGUGAGAUUUUUAAAUGCUCAUAUGUUGACUGCAACAGGUCUUACAAAUAUAAAAAGAAUCUCAACAUGCAUAUCAGAACUUUUCAUGAAAAGUUUAUAGAUCACUUAAAGUGUACAUCUCCUGGUUGCGAUAUGAUGUUAAAAUCAAAAAGAAACCUUGAAAAACAUUUGCAGAACUGCCAUGGAGAUAAGAGGCAUAAGAAGGCAAGAAAACCUAGAAAGGACAAGGGUGCCAUGAAAAAAAGCAUGAUGUCUCAAUUAAGUGGAGUAACUGUUAGUUAUGAACAAGAUAAGGUUAAUAUAACUAGGAAAGAACCAGAUCCCAUUCCUGUUAUUGUUGAUAAAGCAAACAAUAGCAGUAAAAGAGAAUUCGAAGAGAUUUUAAGAAAAGUUUUGCCACAAAAUAAGGGUGAUUUAGAAAAAGGAAAGGAGGAGGCUCAGAUAAUCAAUUCUGACAUUAUGGUUUUUGAGCUUAAUAAGGAUGAUGAGCUCCUUAAUGCCAUUCAGAAUAAUGGAGGAAACCCAACAGAAUUAUCUGAAGGUGAGGUGCUGUCUGCUGGGAUGUCAGAAAAAAAUCAAGAGGUGUGCAUGGAAAUACCUACAGUAGCUGUAGAAAAUAAAUAAUUUAUUUUA